CAACGCAACCUGGGCUCCUCCCACAACCUGACCGCCCAGGCCCUCUCCAACCUGGCGGGCUGUCUGCAUGAGCUCGGCAAGCUGGCGGAGGCGGAGGCCAUGUACCGCAAGGCCCUGAACGUGUACGGCGAUACGGUGGGCCCGCGGCACCGCCAGGUGGCGUUCACGCUGGUGGGCUUGGCGGCGGUUGUACGGGAGGGCGGCGACCUAGAGGCCGCUGAGGAGCUGUACCGGCAGGCCCUGGACGUGUGUCGUACGGCGCUGGGUCCCCGUCACCCGCACUCCCAAAUGACGCUGGUUGCGCUGCGGGAGCUGCUGACGGAGCGGGGCAAGGACCAGGAAGCG